AUGUAUAUUACGGAUUUUUACAGUCGUAAAAAUGAUCUUAGUAUGCAAAUGGAUCGGUUAUAUACAGUGUUGAAAUCGCAAGAUGCCUGUAGUAAAGAUAUAUGUAAAAAAUACAAGGAACUGGAACGAAACUAUGAAGACCAGGCGAAACAACUGCGAACCGCUUGUGUUCAAAUGAAUUGCUUGCAAGAACGUCUAGCGCAAAGGGACAAGCGUCAGGAGGAACACAAUCUGGAGCAAAAUCUAUUAAGAGAAGAAGUGCUAGCCUUGAAAGAAAAAGAAGCCACUUUGCUGAGCAAAGAAAGAUGCCGUACGGAGCAAUUAAUGAAGAUCGAAAGGGAGCUAUAUAUGGCGCAUGAUGUGAUGAAGGAACAGCAAAAUAUCAUGCAGCGCAAGGAGUCUACUCAAAAGGAUUGUACAAAACGACUUCAAGAGGCAAAUAAUGAGUUGAAGAGGCAGUUCAAUGUACUCUGUAAUGACUACAAACAACUCGAGGAAGAGUACAGAAAACUAAGCGAUCUUCGCAAGCAAAAUGACAAGGUUAUAGAAUCGUUCCGAAGAUGGAAGGAGGCACAGCUUAAAGCAGAUGAUGCUACUCGAGCGAGUUUUAAACAGUAUAAGGAUCAUAUAAAGUCCGUAUUUGGCGAAUUCGUGAAGAAAAAAAUGAAAUUCAGUAGUCCGGUAUUUUAA